AGUGCAGCUGUUUUGUUUACGCUGCAACAGCUGUGUUGUUUUUUCCGUGAAGAUUUCUAAUUUUUUGUUUGGUUUUGUCAUAAUUUUAUAACAUUCACGAUGUCCACUCAGAACGGAAUGUAUUAUAGUCUGUUGGAGUGGUUCAAAACGCUCAAUCUGAAUGCACCGCAUGCAAACGCCGAGGAGCUGGCAGAUGGCGUUGCACUCGCUCAGGCAUUAAAUCAAUUCGCACCCGAAUCUUUCAGCGAUUCGUGGCUGUCGAAAAUCAAAUCGAGCGCUGCAGGCAGCAAUUGGCGUUUGCGGAUGAGUAAUCUAAAGAAGGUUGUUGAGGGCGUGUACGAAUACUACAGCGAUGUCCUAAACUAUACGCUACAGCACGAUUUUGUCAAGCCGGAUGUGCAGGCGAUUGCCGAGAAAUGUGACCUCACCGAACUGGAGCGCCUGCUGCAACUGGUUUUAGGCUGUGCGGUCAACUGUGCUAAGAAGCAGUCAUAUAUAUGCGAGAUUAUGUGUCUUGAGGAGGAGCUGCAAGCGAACAUUAUGCGUGCGCUGCAAGAGCUGGAAACGUCAACACGUCAAACGACAGAGGGUGGCGUGGUCAGUUCGCUGUCACGCAACUCCUUGAGCGGCAUGCUUGAUGGCAAUGCUAAGGCGCUGCAAUCGCAGAUGACGGAGGAGCGCGAUGCCAUGGCCCAGAAAUGUUUCGAAACCGAGAAGAAAAUGCUAUUGCUCAUCGAUGAGAAAACCAAUCUACAACAGGAAUUGCAAAAGAUACAACAGGAAUUUGCACGGCUUGAGCAUAACACAAUUGGAGACGAUGGUGUCUCGCUGGGUCCUAUUCAAGCGGGCUCCGUGCGCUACAAUGAGCUGAGGCGUCAAUUGGAAUUGGUUAAGGAGGAACUGCUGCAGUCAGAAGGUGCACGUGAGGACCUUAAGAUUAAGGCGCAGCAGCAGGAGACGGAGAUGUUGCAUAUGCAACAGCGCAUAGAUGAACUAAUGAAAAGCACUGCAGUGCUGAUCACACUUAAGGAUGAAGUAGAUGUGCUGCGCGAAUCCACAGACAAACUAAAAGUAUGCGAGGCUCAACUGGAGACCUACAAAAAGAAACUCGAGGAGUACAAUGAUCUGAAGAAACAUGUCAAAAUGCUCGAGGAGCGUAGUGCUGACUAUGUGCAACAAAAUGCACAGUUUGAAGAGGACGCCAAGCGGUAUGCUAACACAAAGGGUCAAAUAGAGCUCUUUAAGAAGGAAAUACAGGAUCUGCACACGAAACUGGAUAAUGAGAGCAGCAAAAAUGUCAAGCUUGAGUUUGAUAACAAGAAUUUGGAUAGCAAAAAUCUGGCGUUACAACGGGAGAAAGAUAAUUUGCUCAAGGAGCGCGACAAUCUGCGGGAGGCCUUCGAUGAGCUGAAAUGCGGACAACUGACAACCAACUCGGGCAGCUUGACGGGCACAACAAUGUCGCGGGAACUUCAGCCGCCGGCUAUGAUGGACAAAAUCCAGCGUCUGGAAGCGGAGAACAAGGCACUACGUGAGGGACAAGGUGGCCAAACAGCGCUGGCGCAACUGUUGGACGAUGCAAACAAACGCUGCGAGAAUUUGCGUGAACAGAUGAAGACUGCCAAUGAGCGUAUUCUCUCCUUAUCGCAUGCCUCGCAAAGCGACGAUCCCAUAUUAAAGGAAAAUGAAUUCAGCAAACAAAUCAAACAGCUAAUGGAACUCAAUGAGCAAAAAACACUUCAAAUUGAGGAAUUUGCAACACAGAACUCAACGAUGCAGUGCAAGAUAACCCAGCUUGAGUCGUCUUUGAAUACGCGAGAGCAGGAAGUUAUGGCAUAUGAAGUCAAGUACCGCAAAUGCGUGGAACGAGCCAAAGAAGUCAUCAAAAACAUUGAUCCGCGCAUAGCCAGUGUGCUGGAGGCAAAUGCAUUGGAGAAGAGCGUCGAUGUCAUCGAGGAGGAGUCGAAAACUAAAAUGAGCGGCAUGGAGGAACAGCUCAUGGCCACCGCCUUCUACAGAUUGGGUGUUAAUGCUCAACGCGAUGCUGUCGACUCCAAAUUGGCCCUAUUAAUGGGUUCGGGGCAAACAUUCCUGGCGCGUCAACGGCAAUCGGCGCCACGCAAGUCUCUGACUACAAUGAAAUCAAAGUAGUCUUGAUUUGCAGGCGUUAAAUGUUCUUUAAAGGCAAUAUUAUUUUUCGGUCUUAGCCUAUAUAUAUGCAUAUUUAUAUAACACACCAAUAUUUAUUCGCGUUUUCAAAAAGAUAAUAAUAUUAUUAAUUUGCACUACUCUAAACUAUAUACAUUGCGUUGUCUAUCUAAAAUAAAAUUGUAUAUAAGAAUUAUCAAAUGGAUGCCAAAAAAAAGAAGAAAAAA